AUAUGUUAUCUCUCUAAUCUUUUUCUUUUUUUUUUCCAAAGAGAAGAGAGGCGUAGAGAAGAAAAAAAAAGAAAAAAGGAUGCCUUCUUCCCUUCAACUGCAUCGAAUUAAUCCGAACACCGCCACACUAGUGGUUAACAACUUCCACAAACAACCGCAAUUAUCUCAGGCUACAACAUGGUUCAGUCCGGUUUCCAUUUCUGUCCCUGACAACGUAUUGCAUUACCACACCCACGUUGUGGGUCCCAACCAGUGCUGCUCCGCGGUGCUGCAGUCUAUUUCCGCCCCAAUCGACACUGUCUGGUCCCUCGUCCGCCGAUUCGAUAACCCACAAGCAUACAAACACUUUCUCAAGAGCUGCCACGUCAUCGUCGGUGACGGUGACGUCGGUACACUUAGGGAAGUUCGGGUUGUAUCCGGACUUCCGGCGGGUUCCAGUACGGAGAGGCUGGAGAUUUUGGAUGACGAGAAACACGUGUUGAGUUUUAGCGUUGUGGGAGGAGAUCAUCGGCUAAAUAAUUACCGAUCGGUGACGACGCUGCACCGGGCGGCGGAAGAAGGAUCGACGGUGGUGGUAGAAUCGUAUGAAGUAGAUGUUCCACAAGGGAAUACCAAGGAAGAAACGUGUGUAUUUGUGGAUACAAUUGUGCGGUGCAAUUUGCAGUCGCUGGCGCAAAUCGCACAGAACAAGGCUAAAACGUCAAAGAAUCAUAAUGAAGACCCACAACUGAAAAUUCAUAGAUUUCGUAGACUGUAAGGUUGGUUCUUGGAAUUGUUUAAACGUGUUACUAUGA